AUGAGGAUAUAUGAUAAUAAAGGUACUUUUAUAUUCUUAUUCAUUUAAUAAUAGAAUUCCUAAGAAAAAAUAAACAUUUGUUUACUUUGGCAAUACCUAAGAGGUAACAUAAAAAAGUAUUACUUUAUAGAUAUAAAAAAAAUGUUUAAAAGAGAUGUUAAGAAAUUUUACUUUAUUAAUUAUCCAGUAUCACCUAAAUCGAGAAAAUAUCUAUAAAUUUUAUCUAAAAGUACAAUGAAGCCAUUACGAAAAUCAUUGCGAAUGCAAAAUUUCUAGUAAUGUUAAUAACAGACUUAAAAUUGUAAUAUGCCAGAAUUAUAGAAUAUCAGGAAAAACUUUACUUAACGAGACUAAUCCUGCUUUAAAGCAAGCAAAAUUAGUAACCAUUUUUCAUAUUUCAAAGGAUACAUAUAAAAUUAUUGCUUAUUUUGUAUUCUAUUAGAUAGCUCAGCUAAUUCAAUAGAGAUUUUUAUUGGGAAAUGGAAUAAGUUUUAAAAAGCGGAUUUUUACAAAUGUCUCUGAAUUAGUCAAACCAUAAUCGCAGCAAAUCCAAAUUAAAUUAGCCCUAGCCAUCAAUUUAAUAAGAAAAAAAUGUUAUCUUUUUGUUAAAAGUAUUAUGAAUAUUUAUCAUUUAAGUGUUUCACAAAUUGGUUGUAUCAAUAGAAAAUAUCCCUAUCACAUCUUCAAAUAUUUAUAUGA